AUGCUAAUAAGUGUUUUGUGUAAAUAUCAGUCUAUGUGUCUGAAGUUUAUUGAAAAUGGAAUGAUUAACAUAAUUUUAGAAGAUUUAAAAGAAAAAGCAUUAGUAAAUUCGUGUUUAGAAGUUAUGAAGCAUUUAGUAUCUAAUUGUAAUGAAGCAAGUAAAGAAUUGUUUAGUGUUGUUGUUGAAUUUCUUAAUUCGGAUUUCAAAAUUUCAGCAGCGAAAGUCCUUCAAAAAAUGGUUUCUGACUAUACUGCAGAACUGAUUGCCAAUAAUUUUGAUCAAUUAUUUGAUUUAUUAGAUUCAGACGACGAAAAUUUUCAAAUUGAACUACUAAAAGUUUUUAAUUGUAUUGCAAAGAAUCAAUUAACAGUAUUAACGAUAUCAAACUAUGAUUUUGAUAAAAAUGAUAGCUUUAUCUCAAGAAUUACUCAAUUCAUUGAAUCAAAACCUGAUUUAUCCCAAUACUCUAUUCCAGUUAUUGCAUCUAUAUGCACACUAUCAUCGCAAUAUGUAAGAGAAGCAAUAGAGUGCAACAUUCUGAAUGUUUUUGAAGUUAUUCUCAAAGAUUGUUCUGAAAUUGUGAAAUAUCUUGUUUACUCAUGUAUUUCAAUCUUAAUUAGUUACGCAGACUUCAUUGAUAUAUCUAAUAUUAAAGAAUCAAAAAUUCUUGAAAUAAUUCUUGAAAAUUUUGAAGAUUUUGGAGAAAACACUGUUCUUAUCAUACUAACCGGACUUCUUAAUGGUCUUAUUCAGGAAGAAGAAUCUGGUGGAAAUCAGUUUCGAAACUACUUGGCUUCAAAUUGCUCUGACUUCAUUGAGCACUGUCUUUCAUCUUCAGAUUAUGGAGAAGAAAUUCAAACAAAAGCAGAGAAGGUAUAUGAGAUUUUAAGCCCUGAUUAA